AGUUCAUAGCAAUUAGUGUUAGUCUCGCGAGAUCAUUUGAGUGGGUGGAAUAUGAUUCCUCUCAUUUCGGGUUGUGUCAUCUUAAUUAUAUUUUUGAAAAGCGUUGCCGGCUUUGACUGAGCCUUGCAUUACACUACUUACAGUCCUACAUUAGAUACUGGCCGUAUCGUGGCGUGUUGCCACAGGAGCCAUUAACGAGGAAGAAGAAAAAGUUCAUAGCAGACAAAGAUAUCCCAAAAAUGACUGAAUAUAUUGAAUACUACAGGUUUCCACUAAAUAAUUAUCAAUUUGAGGCUGCCCGCCUGAAAAGUUUCCAUACCUGGCCGCAUCCAUGGAAGAAGUCGGAAGAAUUCGCAACGGCUGGAUUUUUUUAUACUGGUGAAAGCGACAUAGUGAAAUGUUUCGAGUGUGGUGGAGAAUUAUGGAAAUGGAAAGUGGAAGACGAUCCAAUGGUUGAUCAUCAACGGUGAUUAGGAAAAUGUAGAUUUAUUCGUAAAAUUCCAUGCGGCAAUGUGCCAAUUAGUAUAGAUUCUAGCGCAAUUCCAGCAUCUGUGCCGGAAGGCGUGGAUGAAUGUGGAAUUUAUGUUCGGACAAACAUCCCUAAAUCCAGUUCAAUCCAUGGAGAUCAAGAGAAUUUUAGAUCGAAAGAACUUGCAUCAAAACCGAAGCAUCCAGAAUAUGUCAAUUAUGCUGCUAGAUUAGCGUCGUAUGAUAAAUGGCCCAAAGCAAUGUCACAAACUAAAGAAGAACUGGCAACUGCUGGUUUCUAUUAUUCUGGAAGUGGCGAUGAAACAUUAUGCUAUUACUGUGAUGGAGGAUUAAUGGAUUGGGAGCUAUAUGAUGAUCCUUGGAUAGAACAUGCCAAAUGGUUCAACCGUUGUCCUUAUUUGCUUGUAACUAAAGGAUUAGAGUUUGUAAACAACAUUAGGAAACCAUAUACUGAAACAGAAACCGGUGCAUCUUCAGUUAAUGAAUUGGAUAAGAGAGUGGAAAAAGAUGAUAGUGAGAGUAUUGCUAGCGAAAGGACUCAAAAUUCGCUUUCUGAAAAAACUAUUGCAGAAACAAGUACUAUAUCAGGCAAAGCCAAUCCUGAGGAACAAUCUGUCCAAAUACAGGUUGACAAACCACACAACAAAGAUGCAACAUUAUGCAAAAUUUGCUUUACUAGAGAAUUACGUAUUGCAUUUAUACCAUGCGGACAUUUAUUGGCGUGUGCAGAAUGUGCCAGUAAUAUGAAAAUAUGCGGUAUAUGUCGUAAGAAUAUUGAAAUUGCUGUACAAGUGUACUUCACGUAGGGAGUGUCUUAUCUUUGUAACACAUUCCAUAUGAAUUGUGCAGCAGAAUUUUUUAUCUAUCAUUAUGAAAACUGGUAGGAGUUAACAAGAGCUUUUUAAAACAAAACUAAAUCACACGAUUCAUGUAGCAUGCAGUUCAACAAAUACAAUAACAUCUGUUGAUCUGCAUGCUAUAUAAAUGUGAUUUAAUUUUGCUUUGAAAUGCCACAAAAAGCUCUUGUCAACUCCUUCCAUCCUUCUUUCCUUCCUGCCUAUUGUCCGUAAUUGAGCGUUGUGACUUCUCUCAUAUGCCUGUGAUGAACACUUUGAUUGUACACAGUCAUAAGGGACCUACAAUUUAAUGAUUCCGAACGACAAUUUUGUUUAAAGAAGUGUACAUGGAAGGAUAUACUCUCCAGUGGUUUGUCAUUGCCUGUCGAGAGGCGAUACGAAUGUUCGAAAAAUUUUUCAGUUCCGAGAGCGAUUCCAUAACUGUUUUACAUGUCUACCAACAGAUAUGUCAUUACACAGCUUUUUUACCAUCUAAAAUAUCUGUGCAACAAUACCGACAACUAUAGAUGUGUAAAAACAGUUACAAAAUCGCAUCUCUGGAGUCGAACCCAGGAUCUUUGGCACAGCAGUCUUAUGCACUUCCUGCUACGCCACACUCGCAUUCAAAGAUUUAGACUACGGUUCACUUUAUGCUAUGAAUGCUUUGAAGCAUUUAUAGUGUCAAAUGAAUCGCCCCCUAAUGUUUGUGAAAAUAAUUGUUUUCCAAAUAAUCCGUAAUAACUUUAAAUAUUACAAAUAAAUAAUGCGUUAUAAUGCUUCAUAUUUUUUUCUCUUUCUUUCAUGUAUAUCUUUUCAUGAGAUAUACAGCAAUAUUAAGACAAAUAAAAAAAUAGA